AUGAGAGCCGCCAGGUACUACGGAAAGGAGGAUAUUCGCGUGGAGCAGGUGUCUGAGCCCAGUGUUCAACCUGGCCAGAUUAAGAUAGCCCCAUCUUUCGUCGGAAUUUGCGGGACAGAUCUGCACGAGUAUCUCGGCGGUCCUAACUUCUGCCCAGUCAAGGCACAUGGAGUCACAGGCGAGACCAUCCCUGUCACGCUUGGUCAUGAGUUCUCCGGUGUGGUUAAGGAGAUAGGUGCGGGAGUAGAGGGAUUCACCAUUGGGCAGCCGUGCGCCAUCCAGCCGACCAUCUUCUGUGGAAUGUGUCCUGCUUGUAACGUUGGUGCACGAAACAUCUGUCAUAAUGGUGGCUUUCUUGGCUUGAGCGGCGGCGGCGGGGGCUUGAGCGAAGCGGUUUGUGUGAAUGCGACUCACGUUUUCCCUUUACCACAUGGUGUUUCACUAGAGACCGGCGCUCUCGUGGAGCCUCUCGCUGUAGCCUGGCAUGCGGUUUCAGCAGCACCUGAACUCACGCAAGACUCUACUGUUCUGGUGAUUGGUGGUGGACCAAUUGGCUUGGCCGCCAUUCUUUGUCUAAGAGGCAAGGGGGUAAAGAGUAUCAUUGUCUCAGAGGUGGCAGCCGCCCGCCAGCGUUUCGCUAAGGAAUUUGGAGCCUCCAGCAUCAUCAAUCCUGUGAAAGACGAUGUCAACAAAGUGAUCUCAGAAUUGACGGGUGGAAAGGGUGUCGAUGUUGCCUUUGACUGCGCUGGAGUCCCUGCCAGCGUGAAAAGUGCAUGCGAGAACGUGAGGACCAAGGGGACAGUCGUGAAUGUAGCCAUCUGGGAAAAGGAAGUCCCAUUCAACCCUAAUUGGAUCACCUGGAAAGAGAGUUCGUACAAGUCUGUGCUUGGCUAUGGACCAGAAGACUUCAAAGCAGUUAUUGAAAACCUUGGAACCGGAUCUAUUGUGCCGCAAAAGAUGAUAACAGCCAAGAUCGAACUCGAUAAUUUAGUUCGGGAUGGCAUUGGUGCUUUGAUUUCAGACAAAGAUAACCAUGUAAAAAUACUGGUAGAUAUGGAAGCCAGCAGGGCUCCCCAGAACAAGUCUGCCUUGUAG